CGGGGAGCAAAGCAGAGGCCUGGCUCUGGCCCGACAGGAAGGCCUGGGGGACAGGGAGGCCCAAGGCUGAGAGACAGAGGGAGACAACGGGCCGGUGGGACGCGAGGCUCCGGGCGACCCCGUUCCUGUGUCUCCCAGUCUGGCUGCACCUCCGAGCCUGGCCAGACCCUGUGUUCGAGGGAGACGCCCUGACUCUGCAGUGCCAGGGGUGGAGGAACACAGACGUGUUCCAGGUGGGAGUUCUACAGAGACAGAAAGGCGCUCGGAGCCCCCAGGGACUCGUGGGUCCUGCCCAUGGGCACGGCAGCCCUGGAGAGCAGCAGCCAGUACAGCUGCAGUGGGAGGAUGGCCCACAUCCCACACCUAGGCACGCAGAGGUCGGAGAUGACCACGGUUCAAGUCCAAGGACGGCCGCACCUUGCGGGACAGGGACCCCCGGCAAGAGCUCCACCUCCCAGAAGCCCGGGAGGGAGAUUCUGGGCUUUACUGGUGCCAGGCCACCCCCGAGGGCAGCAGCGUCCAGAAACAGAGCCCCCGGCUGGAGGUCAGGGUGCUGGGUGAGUGGGGAAGGAGGGGGACACUGCCCGGGAUCUGCCUUCAGGUAAUGGGACCCCUGAGCCUUGGGGGGGGGAUCCCCAGGGCAGGAGGGGGCUCAGGCUCCAGUAGCUGAUGCCCAGAUCCCUGGGGAGUGUCGCUGACGUCCACCCCGUGUGCCCCCAGCCCCUGUGUCCCAGCCUCUGCUCACCCUGAGCCCCGGGCCCACUGGCCUGGCCGUGGGGGACGUGGUACAGCUCUUCUGUGUGGCCCUCAAGGGCUCCCCUCCCAUCCUGUACUCAUUUUACCUGGACGGGAAGAUGCUGGGGAGCCCCCAGGCUCCGCGUGGUAGGACCGCCUCCUUCUCCUUCACCGUGAUGUCAGCGCGGGAUGCCGGGAGCUACUUCUGCCAGGCCCAGAACAACGUCUCCAAAGAGACGAGUGAGCCCAAGACGUUCUCCCUGGACGGGCCGCCUCCGACCCAGGAUCCGCCCCCAGCCCCAGCCGGAGAGCAGCACGCGGUGUAUGGCAACGUCACUUGGCAGGAUGAGGAUGAAGAAGCUGAUACGUAUCCUUCAGACCUCGCAGUCCUAAGGGAGCCUGAGGCCCGGCCUGCCGAGCCAGCCUCGAGGACCUGGGUGACUUGGAGCCCGGCUCGCCCCUCACCGUCCGUGUUACAUCCGCCUCCUCUUCCUGACCUGACUGUCCCACAGGGCAUGUCUGUCAUCUACACCGAGGUGAGAUGCUCCCGGCUUGCUGACGUUCCAGCCACAAGGCCCAAGACAAGAAGCAGGACCCACGAAGCACCCCCCACCCUGGGAACUUCGAGGAAGCCCUGUACUACUGAUGGCACCGCCCCAGCACCACCCACCGUGGCCUCCAGCGCUCCCCAGGGGGCCAGCGGGGACCCCAACCCCUCUGCAAGUCCCUGACCCCUGAGCCCAGCAGCGAGGGAGCCCGGCGUCCUGGUGGGGUCCCCAGGAGGCUCAAGGAACCCCUCGGUGAACCCCGGGAGCAAGAACAGGAACACCAGGCAGGGCUUCAAGCAGGGGACAGGCCACGGAGGCCACCGAUGUCUUCCUGCGGGAGUGGAGGGGGGGAGGGCCUUCCCUCUACGCACCUGUCGGUGGCCCUCAGGUCUGGGCAAGGGCCUGGCCUCACCCCGACGGAGAGAGCGUUAGUCUGUGCACCCCGCGGGGCCGGCCCGGCCGCUCCGGGAAAGCAUUUCCUACUGGCAAGCUGUCGCUGAGGCCCCUGAGUGGCCAGGGGGUGCAGGACCCAGGGAGUCCAGGAGUUGGGGGAAACGACCCAGCCCGGUGGCAUCUCGGGAUUCUCAACCAGAGCCAGAGCCCCCCGGGGACCCCGAACCCUGCCUUCCACGCGUCCCACUUCUGUUCAGACCCCCUUCCGGGCUCCCAGGUUCAUGGGACUGAGGUUGCCCCAAACCCCCAAACUGCAGUCACCCCUCAAGUGCUCACAUCUGAGCCGUAGACUCUAUCCCUUGAGAGGAGUGGAUGGGUCUGUUUCCUGCUACGCCCCGGUCCCGGUCGCCGUGGGGCCUGAUGGCUGGUUUGCUUUGGCUCGUGGGGUCCACAGUCCUUGACGCGAGAGGUGGGGGCUAGUGACCAGGGGAUGAGCCCUGGACGCCCUCCGGCCCCAGUCCCGCCCCCAGCCCCCUCUCCGGGGAAGAAGCCACCCCACCCACCCCCUGGCCUCCCCGUUGAACGGACUGUUCAUCCUUGAGCUUCCUGAGGGACGCCCCCACCGCCGAGUCCCAGUCUCCACUUACAUAGGACGGCGGCGGUCCGUGCGCACAUCAAAGUCUGCAAGGCCCGGUCUGCCUCCGAAAGGCACUUCGUGGAACAGAGUCCCCAAAAGCCUGGACUUUGGGAUAAGAUGUCACCGGAUAAGACAGAGGAGCGGCUGGGACUGGGACGCGAGCCUUCUCCUCCUUCGCAGCCCCCACCGGCCUUGCCCUGGCCCAGCCUCUCCCACCCGCUUGCUCCCGCGCCUCCUCGCUGGGCCCUCCCUGUGGCCGCUCUGACCUCCGACCUCCGCCAGGCUGGGAGCCAGCGCCGGGCCUUCUAGAAGCGAGUCCUCCCGGUCCAUCAGGAGACGCCCUCCCCCACCCCAGGCUGUGAGGAGUCAAGGCACCUUCCGGACAGGAGAGGCGGCCCCCCAGCCGUCCCGGGGCCCCUCCCUGAGCUCGGGCACCUGCCGGGAGUGACCCCCGGAUGCUGGCUACGGGCGGGAGCAGAACCGACCACCAGCCAGC